UUGGUUGCAUCGACGGGACUCAUGUUCGCAUAAUUUCACCAAGAAAAGAAGUGCAACAUCUUUAUCUUAACAGAAAGGGCUACUACAGUUUAAACGUGACGAUUGUAUGUAUAAAAUCUGAAUUAUAUUAGAAACAAAAUGGUAUAAUUUCUUAAAAUUUUUAGCUUUGUGAUUAUAAAAUGUCUAUUCGGUAUGUGGAUGCUAGGCAUGCAGGCGCAAAUCAUGACUCUUUUGUUUUCAAUGUUAGCUAUUUGAAAGUGCAUUUACAGAACAACAUACAGAAUAACACUUGGAUCUUGGGCGACGCUGGCUAUCCUCUGUCCAAAUUUUUAAUGACGCCUUAUCGCUUGGCGGAAGCUUCUUCACCCCAAGCACGCUACAAUACAGUACACUCAAAGGCCCGCAAUAUUGUAGAGCGGACAAUUGGUGUACUCAAGAGUAGAUUUCGAUGUCUUUUAUCUGUACGAGGUUUACAUUACACUCCCGAAAAGGCUACGCAAAUUGUGAAUGCUUGUUGCGCAUUGCACAAUAUUUGCCAACACUUUCAAGUGGAAUCUCCGGAAGAAAUACCAUCUACUUCACAUACUACAAUGACCAAUGAUAUUUUGGACAUAGAAAGAGAAGAAGAGGAUACGGCUCAAAUAAUUCGCAAUAAUAUUAUGACUUCCCUCUAAAUAAUUAAAAUAUU